GGUGUCACGCACUCGAUCCGUGACCGCCUCAACUUUAAUGACGACGUGCUUUGGAAGCGCUUCUCCGCGCGCCGGCUCGAACUUAUCGACACGCUCGACCUUUCGUCCAAAAAGGCGUCGGAGCAGGACUACGAAAUCAGCAAGGUGUCGGAUGCGUUGCGCAUGGAGUUCAACUAUCCAGAGUCGUACACCACGGACUUCAACAAGCUUGUGCGUGCGGCCAUCCAGAGCGUCAGACGCAACCGCAAACGACUCCUGCGCACCAAGAACAACAACGGCUACCGCUUUGUCGAAGACCGGCCCGAGUACCAGUCGCACAGAGAGUACCAUGACCACAGGCCCGACCUCAGAGCCGACUAUCUCGCCAAUGGCUCUGUUCUGAAUACCAAUGAAGCGCCACGCAAGCGCCAGCGCUUCAUUUCGGAAAUCACGAAGCUCAACUCGUCCUCUAGUGACGAGCACGACAAGUUAUACUCGCGCCGGGUAGUAUUGGAUCCCACCAGCCAUGAAAAGUCCAAGCGCGCGGUCACCACAUUGUUGGCGCCUAGCGGGCUUGACGCGUCGCGGCCCAAGAUUCGCUCACGCAUCGGGCCGCUGCAGGCUGCCGCAGCGCUUGCCAGCAUCCUGAGCUAUGUGCAGCGGUCAAAGACUUGUUCUGACUACAGCGCGUCGCGGAUGCGCAACUUUGGCACGUUGGAGGCCAUGGGCCGCGCCGUGGUGCAAACGGUGAUCUCCUACAACUUCAUCAAGUACUUCGCGCACGUGUCGCCUUCUUCAACCGAGUACCUCUCUGGCAAGCUCAACUCCGUGCACACGUUGGCAAAGAUCAUGCGCAACCUCGGGCAGACGGGGGACGCGCAGGAUCCGCUGCUCAACUUGGACGACCAUGAUUCUGUCAUGACCCUCUGUAUCUUGAUUGCUGGGUGCGUCACGGACUUUGGUUUCGACUGCAUCGUCCAGCCGCUCAGCGAGGUGCUCCACGAUAUUGUGCACCGAGACUACCCGUUGAUCUCCCAGCACAAGAGUAAGGAGCAUAAGAAUGAGGGGUCAACGGCAUCACCUGGGGACACCCCGUUGAGCUUUCACACAACCGUCACGAGUGUAGGCCUGAAUGGAGCUCCGUCGGAGAAUGCGAAUGCAGUUCUGACUAGGCAUGUUAACCUUACGUUGAAUUUCACGUACCAGCCACAGACCUCAGCGCCCCCAACCUUCACCGAGUUGGUUGUCAACGGAAAAUCCGCCUUCAGCAUCCGCUCCGAUACCAAGGUGUUGAAACUCCGCAGUGUG